AUCAUCUCCAUACGGAUCACUGACGAUCUAAAAUGACCUAUAAGUACAGUUAUAAUCAAAAUUUGCCUGAUGGAUGCUCAGCUAGAAACCCCCAUAAGCCACCAUUUUGUUUUACAGAAAUGGCAUAAAUAGGAUUGGAUAAAUUUAAAGAGAGAAAUGGUCAUCAACACAGCUGAACCCCAUGUGCUGAAUUUAACCCUUAGUAAACUGCAAAUACUGAGGUACAGUGUGUUUUUCAUACAGUACAGUUGGAUCUGUUUAUUGUUCACCAAAAACAAUGGUUAUUCCACUAAAACGUCAACUUCAACACUUGCACAGAGUUUGUCUUCACAGCAAUUGCACACUAACAUGCAUCCCUAACUGCAUCAUACAUGACCGUGUUUUAACCUGACGAGUUAAAGUAUAGAUAAAUCCAGAAAAUCUACCCGCCUGCACACAACUUACCUAAAUCCAAACAACAUCUUGGUCAGAGAUGAGGCUAUUUCUGUGGUGAGGAGAGGUGAAAUACAGCUUAAUUGAAUUGAUGAAAAACAAACACACAUACACAAAGAACAAUAUACAUUGAACUCAAAGUUGGAACUUGUUCGCACAGACUUCUUAUCAAAAUGGUACAAUAAAUAAUCUACUGCCAGCUAACUUAAUGCAGAGAAAGUCUCUAUUUUGAAUAACUCAAAAUAAUUAUUCGUUAAAACAAAAAUGUGCAUGUAGUGACAGCUGUUCACGUCACAUCAAACAUCUGUGAAUCAAUAAAUCUCCACUAAAGAGCUGUUUAUAUUGUUAUUAUAUCUGAUUAUACUGUGCCUCUAUAUUAUUAUUUCACAUAUCAACAUCACAUGUAAAUACAUAUGUAAGCUCUGUAUACGAUUUAUGCCAGAUAUAGUAAAUUCUUCACCAAACAAAUGAUCUAUUCAACUCCUUCAGAAGGAAAAAGUAAGGACUAAUCUAUUUAAAUGUUGAGAUCAAACAAUGAAAGUAUAUUUCAAUCAAAUCAGUAAUUUUCUAUCCCCUUUGAAACAAAUUAUUUGAGAAUUGUUUGUCUCCUUUCAUAAUGGGGGACAUGACAAAUAAUCCGGAAAGCCAAUCAGCAGAAAAGGCUGACUGUAUUUGCAUAAAAUGUUUAUAAAAGGGUUUAUUUAAUAUAAUAUUAAUGUUCUUCACUUUCCCUCGGCUUGGUCCAUUAUUUUAUAAGGGGUUGCCACUGUAUGAUGAAUCGCCAAUUAAAAUCAAGGUAAACUUUUAUUUGUCAAAUAAAAAGUCAAUUCUUAUAGAACUGCCCGUGUCCUUAAAAAAUAAAAUAAGAAGAAUCUAAAUUAUGGAAUAUAAUAAGAAACCAUUUUAGAUAUAAAAAUAUAAGUUAUAUUUAUAGGAAAUAAGAAACAAGUAUUUAAGUUAUUGCUCUGGACAUGUCUUUUAUGUCAUGAGUGUGCUUCAGGACACAUUUUUGGCUACACUUGCCGUCUGGAAAAAAACAUAAACAAUAAUUCAUAGAAUUUCUUACGGUAAUAUUAAGAAUGCAGUGUUUCAUGUUUGAAAUAUGGAAAUAAAAGCUUUUUAAAAGCAUUUGCAUUAUAUUCACCUGUAUUAAGGCCCUGAUAUUUUUGGAACACUUUAAUUUCUACAAAAUGUGAAGUGUUCUUUUGUCCCCAGUUUUCUUUUGUUGUAAAAUUUGAGACAAUAUGCCAAAGUUGCAGAAUUUUAGACAAGAUAACAAAGAGUUGAACAAAAACACUAUAUAUUACAAAAUACAUAAUGCACUGUACUAUAGUAUGAUUCAAUACACCACAGUCCUUUCUAUAAACUGAUCUUCCACCCACUUGAAGUGCAAUUACAAUUCUAAUAAUCCCUGCUGUAAACACAGAAGCGUGAUUUGUAAUUCUGAUUUAUUGCUGUAUUUGAAAUGGUCAAUAAACUGCUGCUGCUGUACAGAUUCUGUCAUUUUUCCAGUUAAGGUUACCUUUAGGGGCGGGGUCGGAUAAUGGUAGCACGUGACGUAUUUUGAAAACGCGUAGCUCCUCCUUUUCAGGUUUCAACUAGGUCCUGUAAGCGAUUGUAAAAUAUCACUCGCAGAGUUACCAUUCAUUUAUUAAAUACUUAUUGUUGCUUUCAUGUCUGGAAGAGGCAAAGGUGGUAAAGGACUUGGUAAAGGAGGCGCUAAGCGUCACCGUAAAGUUCUCCGUGAUAACAUCCAGGGAAUCACCAAACCCGCUAUCCGCCGUCUCGCUCGUCGUGGCGGUGUGAAGCGUAUCUCUGGUCUGAUCUACGAGGAGACUCGCGGAGUGUUGAAGGUGUUCCUGGAGAACGUUAUCCGUGAUGCCGUCACCUACACCGAGCACGCCAAGAGGAAGACCGUGACCGCCAUGGAUGUUGUGUACGCGCUGAAGAGACAGGGACGCACUCUGUACGGCUUCGGCGGUUAAACAUCUGCAGUCCAUCCUGAAAACCCAACGGCUCUUUUAAGAGCCACC